GGAGCUCUAGGAUGUGGGUGUGAGACAGGAGAGCAAGGAAGGCUGAUGGCAACAAGAAAUAGCCCUAGUCCGAUGCCUGUGGGCACGGCCCAGGGCGACCCUGGAGAGACAGGAACAUUUCCAGGCUCUGAUGCUGGCAUCCGGGAUGCAGGUUUGGCCACUCAGUUAAAGGUGAAGCCCAAGAAGGUGCGCAAGAUCAAGGCACUCAUCAUUGACCUGGGCUCCCAAUACUGUAAGUGUGGCUACGCAGGGGAGCCGAGGCCCACCUACUUCAUCUCCUCCACUGUGGGCAAGCACUGCCCUGGGGCUGCUGACGCCGGCGACACUCGCAAGGAGACCUUUGUGGGCCAUGAGCUGCUUAACAUGGAGGCGCCUUUGAAGCUGAUGAAUCCACUGAAAUAUGGCAUCGUGGUGGAUUGGGACUGCGUCCAGAGCAUCUGGGAGUACGUCUUCCACACGGCCAUGAAGAUCCUCCCCGAGGAGCACGCCGUGCUGGUCUCUGAUCCCCCACUCAGCCCCAGCAGCAACCGGGAGAAGUAUGCAGAGCUCAUGUUUGAGACCUUUGGCAUCCCUGCCAUGCACGUGACAUCCCAGUCUCUGCUGUCCAUCUACUCCUACGGCAAGACCUCGGGGCUGGUGGUGGAGAGUGGGCACGGGGUGUCUCACGUGGUGCCCAUCUCGGAGGGUGACGUGCUGCCCGGCCUGACCAGCCGCGCCGACUACGCCGGGAGUGACCUCACCAACUACCUGCUGCAGCUGCUCAACGAGGCCGGCCACAAGUUCACAGACGACCACCUGCACAUCAUCGAGCACAUCAAGAAGAAGUGCUGCUACUCGGCCCUCGCGCCUGAGGAGGAGGUCUGCCUGAACUUGGAGGACCUGAGCGUGGAGUACAAGCUCCCGGAUGGCAAGCUCAUCGCCAUCGGCCAAGAGCGCUUCCAGUGCGCAGAGAUGCUCUUCAAGCCCAGCCUGGUGGGCAGCAGCGAGCCCGGCCUCCCUGCGCUCACAGCUGCCUGCCUGGACCGCUGCCAGGAGGCGGGCUUCCGGGAGGAGAUGGCUGCCAACGUGCUGCUGUGUGGGGGCUGCACCAUGCUCAAUGGCUUCCCCAAGCGCUUCCAGAAAGAGCUGAGCCUCCUCUGUCCCCGGGAUAACCCUGCAGUGGCUGCUGCCCCCGAGAGGAAGACCUCCGUGUGGACCGGUGGCUCCAUCCUGGCUUCCCUGCAAGCUUUCCAGCAGCUCUGGGUCAGCAAGGAAGAAUUUGAGGAGCGGGGCAGCGCAGCCAUCUACAGCAAGUGCUGAGGGGUGCCCGGAGUGCAAAGCCUUGUGGGCAGGCGACCACAGGCCACUAUACGCAUUUACAGAUUUUCCCAUAAAGCUUUAAUCUGCAAUGG